AUGUCGGCGGAAGCACAGGAAGCAAUGUCUUCGUCGAGAACCGAGGAUCGAGAUGUCGAUGCAGAACCAGAAAUGCACCUUUACAACAAAACGCCGUUGUCUUUCGAUACCAGCACUGAUAGUGACACUGGCGCGAGCGGUGCAAUCAGCACCAGCAGCAAAGAAGAACUCACGUUUGUGUGGCCAUGGUGGUCCAAGGUUACUGAGGCUCUUCGUGACACCAAUCGAGAGUUUGUCUUGACUCUGUCACUGGCAGCAGCAAAAAAUCCCAUUCGAUGCAUUGUGAGUAUCCUUGUUCUCUCCUUUGCUCUCAUUGGCACUGGCACCAUGACAAACUUUCACAUUGAGGUUGAUGAAGCCAAGAUCUACACUCCUUCUCAUGCCAUUUCACGCCAUCACAAUCAAUGGUACCUUGAAGAGUCUGGUCUAGGAGAAGCAGCAAGAAGCACCGUCUUGAUGAUUCACAGCCACGGAAACAAUGUACUGGGCAUGGACACCAUGAGCCGAGUCUUUGAAGCCUUGGACACUGUCACGACCACCACUGGAUACCACCAAAUCUGUGCUGAUGGAUCCUACUGGGACGACUACAAGGAGGAAUUCACCUGCCAGGUUGUUUCUGCAACACGCUUUUGGUACCAUGACGAAGAGCUAUAUGAUAGCCAAGUGAAGAAUGAAACUGAGCUUGUCCAGCAAUUGUCAGCCCCAGAGUAUCCUGGAGGAGUACCAACCGAUGCAGAGUAUGUCAUGGGAAAGGUGCAGCGCAACAUAAAUGGCACAAUUAUCGAUGUCCCAGCCUUUUUUGUCUACAUCCUCCUCACAGACAAAGGAGAGCAGACAAUGGAGUUUGAAAGUGCUGUGCUGGAAAGACUAGCCAACUUACAGGCACAAUGGGAUGAUGAUACAUCGAAUAGUCUCCGUCUGGACUAUUUCACGGAAAGAUCAGGAGCUGAUGAGUUCCGCAGAGCUAUUGAUGCAGAUGUAUACCUUUUGCCAAUUGUCUUCCUGGUCAUGAGUGCAUUCACAUGCCUGGUCUUUAUCCAAACCGAUCUAGUACAAUCCAGAUGUCUCCUAGGAUUGGGAAGUGUGCUGUCCAUUCUCCUGUCGCUAUUCACUGGCUUUGGUCUUCUGUUUGUUUGCGGAAUCCCAUUCACCAGCUUUACACAGUUGCUUCCAUUUGUGGUUUUUGGUGUUGGUCUUGAUGACACCUUCAUUAUCACUGGAGCCUACCUACGAACAGAUACAUCUAUGGAUACGGAAGAACGCAUUCGGUCAGCCAUGCUUGAGGCCGGACCGAGCAUCACUGCCACAACAUUAACAACGGCUUCUGCUUUUCUCCUGGGACUAUCCUCCAGUGUUCCAGGUAUCUUCUGGCUUUGUCUCUAUGCUUUCCCAACCAUUAUCAUUCUAUAUCUCUACCAAAUCACUUUCUUUGUGGCUAUUCUGUCGUUGGACCAGAGGAGAAUCAAUGCCAACCGAGUGGAUGUUAUCAUUUGCUGUACGAGACAACCCAGACGGGGACAAGUCACAAAGCUUGACAAGGACAAGACAAAAGCAGAAUAUUCAGACCAUGCCAAACACUUUGCUGACAGAAUCAUGACUUGGUAUGCCCAUCGCCUGCUACAACCAGGGGCAAAGGCAAUGGUAGUGAUUCUGUUCUCUGCUCUCUUUGGCUAUUGCACCUAUCGGACUACAAUGCUGAAACAAGACAUUGACAUCAAAACUUUGUUUCCCAGUGAUUCCUACAUGAUUCCUGCCAUGGACGUCAUGGACACUUUCCAGGAGAGGUCCUAUGCCUUCCAUAUCUUUUUCAGAAAUGAGGAUCAAGGUGACCCCAUGAUACAGCAGCAAAUGAUAUCCUUUGUUGAAGAGAUACAGGCCCUCCCAGCCUUGGGGGCCCCACCCCCUCUUUGUUGGGUCCGUGACCUCCAGGCAAUGCGAGAGACUGAGAACUUUGAUGUCUUGAGGGCUUUGCCUUUUGAGGAGCAGAUCCAGUUUGCCAUGAAUAUCCCUGCCUUCAAGGAAGCAUAUGGCAAUGAUAUUGCCAUUGACAGCAGCACUGGGAAGAUCACAGCCUCGCGCUGUGUCAUCCUAGCAAGGAACUCCUAUUUGAUAGCGGAGGUUCAAAACACAAUUGACUAUCUGAAUGGGCAAAGAGCAGUGACUGAGGCUCAAGCCAUCAAUCAAAACAAGGCUGGAGGGGCAGAGUCAUUCUUUACUUUUCAAAGCAUCUAUCUUGUUUGGGAGUUCUACAAUGUUGCCAUCAGCGAACUUAUCAUGACAACUGUGCUCAGUGUUGGUGUGGUGAGCUUGCUUUCCCUUAUCUUCAUCCCACAUUGGACAGCUGCGUGCUUUAUAGUUCCAAUGGUCUCAGUUGUUUACAUUGAUUUGUUGGGUGUGAUGGAGAUGGCUGGCCUUGAUAUCAAUGCAGUGACCUAUGUCUGCCUGGUGAUCUCUAUUGGCCUGAUUGUUGACUUUCUGCUGCAUAUCAUGCUGCGAUACAUUGAGUCUACACGUGUGACUCGUGAUGACAAGGUUAAGGAGACUCUGGAGACCAUGGGCAGUUCCAUUCUCUUGGGAGGAAAUUCAACACUUCUUGGUAUUCUGGCACUUUCUUUCAGUACCAGUAUGAUUGGCCGAACAGUCUUCAUCUCUCUCUGUUCAAUGGUCAUCCUUGCCAUAGCUCAUGGAUUGAUUCUCCUCCCAGUGCUGCUUUCUUUGAUGGGACCCGUUGUAUCCAUUGAAUGCAUGCUGCCGACUAAGAAGACGCUGGAGGUUUCAGAACCAAGCAGUCGCCCUUCAUCUUGUGCUUCUCUUGGUUCUUUGUCGGAGAUCGUGACAGCUGUUGAAGUCUAA